CUGUGUUAUUACUUAUUAUUAUUGCAUUUAAUAUAUUUUUAACAACUGCCAGUGUACACCAGUUGAAUGCGGAUGGAACGGCUUUAUCAAUAUGUUUUGUUGCGGUAUUUGCAACACAAUUUUUACGGGAUAUACCCGGAAAGCGUUCACGCUACUCCUUGUGGCCAUUUGUUCCAUACAAAGUGCAUACUGCUCUGUUUACGAAGAUCGCUGAAGUGUCCGUAUUGUGCCGUUAUGGUUUGUGAAACACAAUUGAUCAAACUGCAGUUCCAAAUCGACCCCGGCUGGAAAGAUACUAUAAAUUCGAUCAAGGCCAACAACAGUAUCAUUAACUUGGACGAAUCGUUGAACGUUGGAAACGACUCCAAGUGCGACGCUAGUCUGAUGAUAAUCGAUCCCGACGAAUCAAACAUGUCUCUGACGGAUCUCUUUAAAACGAGCGCUAGGACGAAAAUAACGACCUCGAUAUCGUCAUCAAGCCUUAGCGAAUCGACACAAAGUCUGUUGUCUGUUUUGUGCGAAAUAAUACCCAACUCGGCCGUACACUGUCGCUUCUUCGUGAACGAACACAGUUUGAUCCAGAGUUCGACGGAAGAAGGGUACAGUCACUUGUUGAUCGUUAAAUUGUACAUGUGCCACCCCAUCGGUUUGGUUUUGAUCGAUCUGAUCCAUAGUCUCAAAAUGUAUGUUACGCUGUUGAAUUUCAAGGACCAAGACGAUUUUCUACUUAACGCUCAUAAAAUAAAAACUGACACGAAUCGUACAUUAAUCACAAUGAAAAGAGAAGCGAAAAACAACAACAACAACAAUAAAGACUUCCAAAAGUUGAGCCAAUUUGUCAUAGAUUUUUUUAAUGACAUUUUCCAUCUAAAAUUGAACAAUGUUCCUGAAAUAUCUUUGAUAAGUUGUAAUAAUUGUAACAGUGUAACUUUCGAACACGGUUCCAAGCAUUUCAAAUUAUCUAUGGUGCCAUCUGAAAUUAUACGUAUAUUUAAUUAUUGAUACAUCAUUUUUUAUUGUACAUAUUUUUCAUUAAUUGAUUUUGGAAAUCGCGGAUUUAUUUAAUUUUUUUAAUUUUAUUUUACACCAAGU